AUGGAGAAGAGACCCCCUAGCCGUUCCAUCAUGGCCUGUGAGGAGAGUGGGGCCUACGAAGUGACUGAGGUCACCCCACUGCAUGCUGAUGCUGACUUGCUGCCUCUGUCCGAUGAGGAAAAGGAGGCCAUAGAUUGCAUCAAAGCCGACGGCAUCAGCAAUGAAAUGACAGUCCCUCUGGCUCUGCCUUCAGGCUGCAUGAGGGCUGCUGGCCGGGCAGAGCUGCUGCUGUCCUGCAGCUGUCCUGUGCUGCUCCACACCCCGCAACGCCUGGUCCCCCUGGCCAUGGUUGUCCCCACUCACACUCCUCGGUCUCUGUGUGCUUGCCAGGAUCUGGUGCAGAAGCUGCAGUACCUGAACUGUAUUUGCUCACUGUGCAGCGCUGCUGAACAGAAGGGCUUGACAGUGUACCUGGAUAUCUUCUGCUUCCUAAACAAUGUGACAGAGAACAUUGAGGUUCUGUUGUGUGAGGAGCCCAUGGAGCAGCUGAGCACCGGCCUGAGAUACUGCUGCAUGAACACCAUUGCUGCCUUGAGCACAGUGAAUGCAGUUACGGAGGAAGAAAUACUCCAUCUCUUCAAGGUGUGCUGCAGCGUCGUCUUCUAUCUUCCUCCAGCCAGGGCCUUGAACAUUUCCCUCUACAACCAGACCCUGGAAGCUAUGGACGACAUGCUGCAGACUGUGCUAGAUGUCUGUCCCAUUGCCAGUGUCAAGAGUCGGCUGCAGGGAAUCUUGGAGGUGCUGCUGCCUUUCAGCAUCUCCAAGACACAGGCUGUGUGUGAGAGGGCUUUGGGGCGCAUCUGGAAGCUUAGUGGCUUCAUGACCAGCAGUUUCUGGCAGCAGCCCCUUGGAAAAAACCUUGCCCCUUCUCAGAGGACAGACAUUGCCCUUGUAACCCUGGAGAAGAUCAUUGGGGACUACGGUUUUGAUGAGAAGAAGUGGGCUGAGACUAUGCUGGAUGUGCUUCGGAGAACCCUGGCACCUGGCUGA